AGGGCCUGAUGCACUGCACAGCAUUCGCCACAGCAGAUGAGUACCAUCUCGGGAAUCUCUGCCAAGAACUCACUGCCCGGGGAUAUGUUGAAGUCACAAGUUUGCCGAGAGGUACAUCUUCUUGAACCCUGGGGUCAGAUGCGGCAAAUAUUUUGGUGAUGGGCGUAGAAAAUUCUGCCCAAGCAGGUGAUCCUGGAACGAUAUUCUUCUUCAGGGAAGGAGCUGCUGUGUUUUGGAAUGUGAAAGACAAAACUAAGAAGCAUGUGAUGCAAGUUCUAGAAAAACACGAGAUUCAGCCCUAUGAGAUUGCACUGGUGCACUGGGAAAAUGAAGAACUGAACUACAUCAAAACAGAGGGGCAGUCAAAACUCCACAGAGGGGAAAUCAUGUUAAAUUCGCAGCUGGAUUUAGACGACACAGUUUUAGAGAAAUUUGCCUUCUCAAACGCCCUGUGCCUUUCAGUGAAACUGGCUAUUUGGGAAGCUACACUGGAUAAAUUUAUUGAAUCAAUUCAGUCAAUUCCAGAGGCUUUAAAAGCUGGGAAGAAAGUGAAACUGUCUCAUGAAGAAGUUAUGCAGAAACUAGGUGAACUCUUUGCCCUAAGACAUCGUAUAAACUUGAGUUCAGACUUCUUGAUCACUCCUGAUUUCUACUGGGACAGAGAAAACCUGGAAGAACUUUACGAUAAAACCUGUCAGUUCCUUAGCAUUGCUCGCAGAGUUAAGGUCAUGAAUGAGAAACUGCAGCACUGCAUGGAACUGACUGACCUAAUGCGGAAUCACCUGAACGAGAAGCGGGCCCUCCGCCUGGAGUGGAUGAUUGUCAUCCUCAUCACCAUAGAGGUGAUGUUCGAGCUGGGACGAGUCAUCUUUCUAGCCAAGUGA